AUGGCACCCCAACUAGGCUCCGAAACAACAGGCACCGAGCUCGUCGCCAAAUACGCCGACCACAUCAAAGGCAAGACCAUCCUCGUCACCGGCGUUUCCCCGGGCGGCCUCGGCGCGGUAUUUGCGGAAAAGACCGCUGCCGGUGCGCCCGCCCUCCUCAUCCUCGCCGGCCGCAACAUGACCAAAGUUCAGCAGACGGCCGAAGCCAUCACGGCUGCGCACCCCAAGGUCGAGGUUAAGGCGCUCGAGCUCGACCUAGGGUCGUUCAAGAGCGUGCGCAAAGCCGCGGAGACGGUCAACGGAUUGGGGGACGUUCCCCGGAUUGACGUCUUGGUGAACAACGCCGGGAUCAUGGGGACGCCGUGGGGGAAGACGGAAGAUGGGUUUGAGAGCCAGUUUGGGACGAACCAUCUGGGUCCGUUCUUGCUUACAAAUCUCGUGAUGGGGAAGGUCAUGGCUGCGGAGGCGCCGAGGAUCGUGACGGUUAGUAGUGACGGGCAUCGGUUGGGACAUAUCAGGUGGACGGAUUACAAUUUCAACGUGAGUCCAGAGCCGGCUUCGGUCCUUUUUGUCAUUGCUGACAUGCAGGGACCCGCGCAGGAUGGCAAGCACUACAACGAGUGGCAAGCCUACGGACAGUCCAAGACGGCCAACUGUCUCAUGGCCAUCUCGCUUGCGGAGAAGCUGGGCGGCAAGGGUUUGCUGAGCUUCAGCCUCCACCCGGGCGUCAUCUGGACGAAUCUGGCAAAUCACCUAGACAACUUUGACUCGCUGCCCGUUGAAGGCGCACAGGACAUCAAUAUGGGAACGAAACACAUGUGGAGCAACUUCAACACCAAGACAGAGGACCAAGGGGUUGCGACACACGUCUUCACAGCUUUCAAUCCGGAUCUCAAGGAUUACAAUGGCCAAUUCUUCAACGACUGCCGUCCUGCAGACCAGUACGAGGAGGAGAUUUACCCGUGGGCGAACAACAAGACUGACGCCGACAGAUUGUGGAAGCUGAGCGAGAAGCUUGUUGGGGAGGGAUUCAGCUAUUGA